GCGAGGAGUGGACAUACUUCAGAUCCACAAACAACAUCUUCCAGUCGUAAUUUUCCUUUUUUAGUUGAGAAUCCCGUCCAAUUCUGACUGAUUUUUCGUUUUCAUUUCGAAGUUUAUAAUGAUAAAAGCCAUAUUAGUUUUCAACAACCAUGGAAAGCCGAGAUUAUCAAAAUUCUACCAAUAUUUUAAUGAGGAUAUGCAACAACAGAUCAUCAAAGAAACAUUCCAGUUGGUGUCCAAAAGGGACGACAAUGUCUGCAAUUUCUUAGAAGGAGGAAGCUUGAUCGGAGGAUCUGAUUACAAACUCAUCUACCGGCACUACGCAACCCUUUACUUUGUCUUUUGUGUCGAUUCGUCAGAGUCUGAGCUUGGCAUUUUGGAUCUGAUUCAAGUUUUUGUCGAAACGCUCGACAAAUGCUUUGAAAAUGUCUGCGAGUUGGACCUUAUUUUCCAUGUUGACAAGGUUCACUACAUUUUGAAUGAGCUGGUCAUGGGAGGAAUGGUGUUGGAAACAAACAUGUCUGAAAUUCUGACCAGAAUCGAGGAACAGAACAAAUUAGAAAAAUUAGAGGCCGGAAUCACUGCGGCGCCAGCCAGGGCAGUCUCGGCCGUGAAAAACAUGAACCUGUCGCAGCAGAUCAAGGACAUCAAGCUGCCAGACCUGCCGCAGGCGAUCAAGGACCUCAAGUUCUGACCAUCACAGAGCUCAGUCGUCAUUGGCAUCGAAAGUGAAGACAUGUGACAAAGAGAGACUUGCCCGUUGUUGAUCUCAGCACCGGGCGAAAACUAUUUGGCCGUUGAUUCUGUUGUUCACGCUUUGGAGCAGCCGCAAAUUUCCAGUUGAUUCGCAUUCAUUCCUUUUGGCCACUCUUAUUAUUUUUCGCAUGCUGGAAAAAAUGCUGCACAGUUAAGAAACCUGUUCAAGUCGUAGCGAGUUUUAUGUGGACUGGGAUUACGCAUAAACUACUUAAGAGAUGUGUAUUAGAUAGUAAUUCUACAUUUAACCUGUAUAUUUUAUAGCUCUCUAACAGCAUAAUACUGUUAUAUUAUAUCACUGGAUGAAUGCUGAAGUGGGUGAAUGUUUGUUGAUAUAUUAAAACACUAUCAUUUCCAUUUGA